AUGACCUUGGUCAACAGCCAGAUACUCCCCCCGGGGACGCAGCGUAUCGAGGAUCAAGCGGGAUCUAAGAUUCUGCUCGCACCGCAGCCGAAUGCGGACCCCAAUCAGCCUCUGGUACGUGUUGGUCCACCCAACAAGCCCGUGGAUGUGAAUACUGACUGUUAUGCUUCCUGUAGAACUGGCAAGUCUGAUAAUUCUGCGCCUACUCUGCGAACGGAGAUGUGCAGUGCCGCUCGAGCACUUCCAAUGCUGACGCUGUCGAACAGGACCAAGUUCCGCAAAACAGUGCACAUGACCGUCCUCUGCUUCUAUGCUCUGAUGGUGUUCGCUAUCCUUUGUGUCGCACUUCCCCUCUGGCAAGAUUUCAAUAUCGAGCUUGGUAUGAGUUAUGCUAUCCUUAACGACGGCUAUGCAACCAACAUGGCUACGCUGUCCGUGGGGUGCAUAUUCCUUGUCCCUCUGGCUCUUCGAUUCGGAAGGCGUCCAAUAUACCUCCUCACCGCGCUGGUCAUGCUCGCCGCUGCGAUCUGGCAAGCGAAGAUGCAGACGAUUGGCGACAUGAUUGGCGCGAAUGCCAUCUCUGGCUUCGCCGGAGCCGUGAACGAAGCCAUUUUCCAAGUCACGGUCGCCGACCUCUUCUUUGUCCACCAACGCGCCACCAUGAACGCCAUCUAUCUCUCUCUCGUCACCGUAGGGAACUACCUUGGUCCUGUGGCUGCCGGGUACGUUGCGGUCAACCAGAGCUGGAGAUGGGUAUUCUGGUACUGCACUAUAUUCAUGGCGGUCGUGACUGUCUUUAUGAUCUUCUUCCUUGAGGAAAGCAAGUACAUCCCUCGAAUAGAGGAGGGACACGAGGUUGGUUCGGCGACGGACCAAGAACAGGCGCAGGAUCUCGCGAAAGUGAGCAGCGUUUCCAAGCAGAGAUUGGGGUCGGUUUCAAUCGACGCAACAGAAGCUGCGAACAAUGAGCGCCGACGCAUGGUCGAGAUUGACACCUCAAUCCCUAUGGACUCGUACCUGAAGCGUCAUCGUCUGUGGUCAACCGAGAAGGCGAUCACCACUGGCAAUCGCAGUCACUGGACGCAUUUCUUUCAGCCGUUUCAAAUGAUGUACACUUUCCCAGCUGUGGCUUUCUGUGCACUUCAGUAUGGUUUUCUCAUCGCAAUGCUGUCAGUCCUUGCGGUCACACAGACCACUCUUUACCCAGCUCCACCGUAUAACUUUACGCCUGUCGGUAUUGGAAACAUGAAUCUUCCCCCAGCGAUUGGCGCUAUACUUGGAUCCGUCUUUGGCGGUCCCAUCAACGAUUGGUUUAUUGUCCAGGUUGCCAAAAGACGAGGAGGCAUUUACGAGCCUGAAACUCGUCUCUGGCUCUUUUUGAUCCCUGGAUUCUGUAUGCCUCUAGGCCUUUUCGGCAUGCCAUGGCCCAUCAAUGCUGUCGGAGCCGGGUUCAUUGGUGCUGCGAUAGGCGGCUGCGGCGACAUGGCUUUAACUUACUGCCAGGAUUGUUACCAAUAUAUUCUCGGUGACGCUCUUACGGGUGUCGUGUUCGUCCGAAACGUUAUUUCUACGGCUCUCGUCUUCGCUAUCACACCUUGGAUGAAUGGUAUGGGAGUGUACAACAUGUUUGUGCUUUUGGGAUGCCUGUCCAUCGCCGUGGCCCUGACUUCUGUCCCUCUCGUCAUCUGGGGACGGACAUGGCGUAUGAAGCUGGCCGGAAAGUACGAGUAUUUCGUUGCUAAGCAAUACUGA